UUCAAAUCUAAGGUGAAAAACCUUACAGAAGAGAUGGCAGGCCUGGACGAAAUCAUCGCAAAGCUAACUAAGGAGAAGAAGGCCCUCCAAGAGGCCCACCAGCUGACCCUGGAUGACCUGCAGGCAGAAGAAGACAAAGUCAACACCCUGACCAAAGCUAAAACCAAGCUAGAGCAGCAAGUGGAUGACCUUGAAGGAUCUCUGGAACAAGAAAAGAAACUCCGCAUGGAGCUAGAAAGAGCCAAGAGGAAACUAGAGGGAGACCUAAAGUUAGCCCAAGAAUCCACGAUGGAUAUAGAAAAUGACAAGCAGCAACUUGAUGAGAAAUUCAAAAAGAAAGAGUUUGAAAUAAGCAAUCUGCAAAGCAAGAUUGAAGAUGAGCAGGCCCUC